AUGUCGUCGUCGUUCUCAACCGAUUUCGACGCUUCGAACAUGUUGAAACCAUCAAGUUCUCAGAUGUUCGGACCUAUUGAUAUUCAUUUGCCACGUAAAGAUUCUCGCCAUCACCAUCAUAUGAGGAAUCUUCGAGCUAGAUUGGCACCUGAGAGACUCUGUUUUGGAACAAUGCGACCACAAACCGCUGCUUAUUUGAUAUGUAUUGCAGCUCUUCAUGAGAUUACAUUUGGGACAUUCCUAGUGUUUGCAAGUGAUUAUGGAGAGAAAGAGAGCUGGUAUCACAGUGCUCAAUGGCUCGUAAUUCUCACUUGUCGCCUUCUACAGUACCCAUCUUGUCUCAUUGCACUUUUUGGAAUUCGGAACAACAACCCAGCACUCAUCGUUCCAUUCAUGUUGUCACAGGUGUCACUUGGAAGCUAUGCAGAUCUCCACACCUACAUCCAGAUGGUAUCCAAGUGUGCUCCAUCGGCACCUCUUCCAACUACAUCGCCCAUUGUUUUGAUUGUUAUUCCAAUUCUUGUUUAUGCUGGUAUUCUCAUGUUUUUCAUUUAUAACAUGUACAUGGUUGUCAAAUGUAUUACAGUAAUCCGUGGAGAUAUUGGAAGAGGUCUGGAGGGACCACAACCAUCAGAAAGAUCCAUUAAUGAUGACUUGUUUUUGUAA